GGUACAUCAAAUGGCUAGCUAGAAAUGUUCUCAAAUUCAAUAAUACUUCCAAAAAAAGGACAAAUUGGCACUUUUGGUAUGUUUUGUUGGUCCUAAGAAAUUUGAGUUGUCUGUAGUUGACCAACUUUUUGAGAGCCGUACAGAGAUGGGGUUUGAAUAAAUUAUCAUAUAUGAUGUUAGGUCAACAAACUAUCUAUCUUACCAACUACUUAAGUUACAUUUGUCCCUUGAACCAUGAGGUGUAUUAUGUAUAUGCUUUUGUUUUUAUAUGUCUUCUGCCAUUUAAGAGUUUCAAUUCUUUCUCAUUGAGACCCAAGUGUCCAAAAUAGUGUUAUUUCCUCCUCUUCAGGCAUUUCAUAAAAAAUCUAUCUUGUGGUUGAUUUUUGUUGAAGUUGGUUUCAUUUCUACUCUCCAAAUGGCUAUGGGUCAGGGUCCACUUGCAUUUCUGAUGAGGCUCAUAGCCUUGGGUGCAACCAUAUCAGCCACUUUGGUCAUGGUCACUGCCCGAGAUUCUGCAACCGUCCUAAACUUAACUUUUGAUGCCAAAUAUACCAAUUCACCUUCAUUCGAGUAUUUUGUGAUUGCCAAUGCAAUUGCAAGUGCCUACAGCCUUGUGAUUCUCUUUCUCCCUUCCAAAUUUUCAUUCUGGCGGUUGGUUUUGAUUCUGGAUAUAGUUGUGAGUGUUUUGCUCGACUCGAGCAUAUCGGUUGCUUUGGCAAUUGGGUAUGUGGGGAAGAAAGGAAAUGAACAUGCUGGAUGGCUACCAGUUUGUGGUCAAGUUCCGAAGUUUUGUAACCAUAUUGCGGGUGCCAUGGCCUCGGGAUUUGUCGCAGCAUUGCUCUACUUUGUUUUGGUUAUUUACUCUCUUCGAUCAUUCCUUAUUCUUGUUCCUCAAAAACCUUAAUCACAGUUGAUGAACUUUUGUUUCUAUAUAUACUUGUAUUAUUGUAUUUUG